UAGGGCGGUGCUGCGGUUUAGCUGUCGAGUCACCUCUGUCAAGCGGGAUGGAGGAGGAAUAUGAGCUACUAUAAUGCUAAAUAACGUACCCGAGCAUCARAAAGCGGCUCAGUUAGACUGAAUCCAUCUUUCAUUUCGAGUCACGGGAACGUUUUACUGACGCUUUGCCAAAAAAUGAUGGAAGAAAUCGACAGGUUCCAAGUGCCUCCUGUGAACGGAGAGACGCAGCCCUUGGACCCUGCAGCGUCCUCCACUUUAGAGGCACAACCUGACACUAAAGGAGAGAGCGUGGCCAUGAACUACAAGCCCCCUCCACUGCAGGUCCAAAUAGAGAAACAGAGGGACCUUGCCAGGAAGGCCUCGGUGAAGAAUGGCACCGUGGGAAGUCCUGUCAAUCAACAACCCAAAAAGAAUGCCAGGACAAGGUUGGUGGUGCCAAACAAAGGCUACUCCUCUUUAGACCAGAGCCCAGAUGAGAAACCCCUGGUAGCACUGGACACUGACAGUGAUGAUGACUUUGACAUGUCCAGAUACUCUUCAUCAGGAUACUCCUCAGCCGAGGUGAGAUGUCUGAGGGACCAGCAAAUCAAUCAGGACCUGAACAUCCAGCUCCUGAAGGACGGGUACCGGCUCGAUGAGAUCCCAGAUGACGAGGACCUGGAUCUGAUCCCCCCUAAYGCAGUGACCUCCACCUGCAUGUGCUGCCAGGCUGCUCCUUCUACAGCCUGUCAAAUCCAGUAGCCAAUCCCCCUCCCCUCCCCACCCCACCCGUUCCUCCUUCCUGCCAUCUUCACCUAAGGCCAGCUGCCGACCAGAGUGGCAUCAAGGAAGAAAAAAACUAACGGCUGGAAAAGACACAAAGGGAAAAAACAAAACAAAACAAAGGUUUCUAAACUGAGAAAACGAGAAACUGAAUGUGUGCAGAACCUGUGCAUGUUCCUCCUAUGGCAGGAUCUGUGUGUCUUACUUCAAUGUUGGUUCAGCAGGGAUUCAAGUCAUGGCCAGAAAUGUUACCUCUAAAGAAGAAAAAAAAAAGUGCGACUUUUGCGUCUCUUCUGUUUGAAUUUGAUCUCAUUGCUCGUGAAGUCUCUUGUUUACGAGGAUCAUAAAGGACCGUGCAACGCUCUGGGAGAACAAAAAGGGACGAGAACAAAUUGACUAUAUGACUCGGUGUCAUUACUGUGUCAGCAGACGUCUGAGUGGUCUUCUGGUACUUACUCUUGGAUUAUUUCCGAUGGAUUCAAGAAGACACGAAGUUCAGUAGUUGCCAUUUUACGUCCUCUUUUCKCGUUCUUUGAUCUCGUCUGCUUUGUCUUCCUUUGUGUGUGCAUCUAAUCACGCCCAGGAAAACACUGACAAACUGUCAGAUUGCUUAUAAAACACUAUAGCAGCCCUUACACUCCACACUAAAGUAGUAACUGCUCCAUUUUACUGAGACUGUACCACUGAAACCUGUUUUACAUUUAGUUAAAAGAUGCAUGUUGCCUGUUAACACUGUGUCCCGGUGACAAACGUGCAGAUAUUUUAGUAGGUACUACUGAGCCACAGCCAAAUCUUUGGGUUCAAGAACCACCGUGUGCUUUGUGAAAACAGAAGUGGGUCAUUUUAAGUACACCUUAUAGGAAAACACAUUCUAAUGAGUAAUAUUUGUUUGUCCGUAAUGCAGCAGCCUUUGCCGCUGAAGGCUACAGGAAGGAAGGAACAAAAAGAAAGAACUGUAGAAAUAUACAGUUUUGGUUGUCAAAUGAAGAAUGUGGAUAGACAGAUGCCAAACAGUUUGGAUGAGUUUUUUGAAGUAAUAAUGCCAUUUCCUACGGAAUUCAAAACUUUUCUUUUUUUUACACUUUUGUUCCAUCAGAUUACAAAUGUGCACAAACCUCCUGAGUUACAGCAUGAGCCAUUUGUCUAAUAUAUAUAUAUAUGUACAAAAAAAGUGUAAGUGUAGCACCUUCACCUGUUAUCAGAGGCUUUUAACAGUUUUUGUUUCUUUUAGCAUAAGCUUUGUAAUAGUGCAUUGUUAGUUUUUAUGUUUAAAUCCCUUUUACUAAUACAGUGGAAGGCAUAAGCUUUGCUUUAUUUUAUUUUAUUUUUCUUGGCAGACAGAUUCAACACUACUUUGAAAAGAGGUAUAGAAAAUAAUGUGAGGCUGGCUCUCAAAAUACAACAAGAUUAGGUUUCCAAAUUUUAUCAGCUCCUUGGAAUGUCAUGUUGAUAAUUAUUCCCUCCUUAAUGAUUUGACUAAGCUCCAAGCCUGCAGAAAAAGGCAMCUGAUAAAGUGGAAUAUGUUUUCAUUGUAAUAUUAAUUUAAAUUUUACAUUUUUCUUGUGCAAUGCAACCGAAACACUCCUGGUUUAACGGUUUUCACACAACAAAUGAGAUAUCAGUAACUCACCAAAUCAAGAUAGAAAUCGUGGUACACAAUGAAACAGUGCUGUAUGAUAUGUAGAAAAACAGAGAAAAUGCUUAAAGUGGCAAAUAUCUGCCUUUAGUAAAUAUCUUCCUUGUUGUAGAURGCUCUUUGAUAACAUCAAAUUGGAGAAAAAGUUCUAAUCUGACCAGAUUMGUGAGUUAAUUAUCAUUGGGACCAAGACCAAAGUGGAUUUCUAGUCAUUAUUUUUUUAAAUUAUGGCUCAUGCAAACUUUUUUUAAAUUUUUAUUUAUUUUUUGCAUUAUUUUCACUUUACACAGUUGUAUAAUGUAAAUAGUGGCAGCAGUCUGGGAUGGARUUCCUGCAAAAAUAAGAGUUGCGCUGGGCUAACAGUUUUAUUUCAGUCUAAUGGCUGUGCAAAGGUUUAUCACACGAACCACCWUGAAAUCUCUGAGAUUGGAGUAAUCCAACUUUGUCUCGGUCCCAUUAAGCUAGCUGUUAGCUCAUCAGUCCAGUCUGAUUCAUACAGUUCUUUCUCCAAUCUGAAGUUCAAAGAGGUUUCUACAGCAGUAAAAGAGAAUCGUUCAUAUUUUCUUCCCCACAAUCRCAAUUCUAUCACUUAAAGUCUGCRUAUUUUUCUCAGACUUUCAUUGUUUAAGAAAAUCUGACAGAAUUUCCGAGACACUGCAAGUGUUUUAUGUCGAAGACACGACGCGUCCCUGCAGCACUUUGUGCACGCUCAAAAAUAAUUUUGUAGAAGGGUUGCAGCGUUAUGUAGUUAGUAAAAUAAAGUGCACAAUAGAACCCUCUUAGCACAGUUAGCAUUUUUACACUACUGCAGCUGCUAGCAGGGAUGAUUGUUGGACUGGUAGCUGUGCACAGAGUUUUAUUUGGAGAGAAGUAGAUUCUUUGACUGUUGCUGCAUUUUUCCUUCCAUCAACAUCACAGCACUGGAUCUGUCUACUGAGUGCAAUACUCGCAGCUGAUGUGUCAAUUGAGGCGUAGCUUCACUAACUUAUUGAGUUUAGGAUGAUUUGUUGUAACAGAAAUUAUUUAUAUGCAGUUGUUUUUUUAUUUUUACUUGUUUAGGUGUGAGAAAUACAAGCAGACACUUUCCAUUUGUCAAAAGCUUGUCAUGACGAUUGUGAACUGGUUCCAUUUAGAUUUUAACAGUGUUACAGUUCUGUGUAUAGUGCAACAUAUCAAAAAAUAAAUACUAGGUAUUGCAAGUUUUA